AUGGGAGGUAAAAAGGCUGCCGGUGAGAACUCUAAGAAGGUUGCUGGAAACGCUCGCAAAGCCGAAGCCGCAGCCGGCAAGAAGGCUGUCGAGGACCAAAAGCGCGCCGCUGAAGAAGAGAAGCAGUGGUCUAAGGGCGCGAAGAGCUCUUCCAAGAAAGACGACGCCGAAGCCAAGAAAGCCGAAGCCGCCCGCAAGAAGGCCGAGCGCGAUGCUCUCCAAGCCGAAGAAGAAGCGUCCCAGCCCUCCAAGCCCAAGAACACCAAGUCUGCCGGAAAGAAGAACGCCGCCCCCUCCAAGGGAACCCUGGACCUAUCCCAGCUCGACGACAACGCGCCCAGCACCAAGUCCAAGUCGGCCCUGAACGCCACUGGUAUCGACAACGCGCUCGAUGCGCUCUCUCUGACGGGCCGGGACACCGGAAAGAUUGAUCGCCACCCCGAGCGCCGAUUUAAGGCUGCGUAUGCGGCAUUUGAGGCGCGGCGGCUGCCGGAGAUUGAGGAGGAGAACCCCGGGCUUAGACGGAACCAGCGGAUUGAGCUUGUCAAGAAGGAGUUUGAGAAGAGUGACGAGAAUCCGUUUAACCAGGUUCAUGUUGCGUUUGAUGCGUCGAGGGACGAGAUUGCGGCUGUGAAGGAGGCGGAGAAGAAGAAGGUUGAGACGCGGCUUACGAAGUAA